AUGUCUAGAAUCGAUAAGCUUUCGAUUUCGGGUGUCCGAUCCUUCAGCCCUUCUGUUCGAGAGGCUAUUCAGUUCAACACCCCUCUAACUCUCAUUGUCGGUUACAACGGCUCCGGUAAGACGACAAUUAUCGAAUGUCUGAAGUAUGCCACCACUGGCGAGUUGCCACCUAACAGCAAGGGCGGUGCUUUCAUCCAUGACCCCAAGCUCUGUGGUGAGAAAGAAGUUUUGGCCCAAGUGAAACUACAAUUCCGAUCCAUCAACGACCGUCAACAUGUCGCGACCCGAAGUGUACAGCUUACUGUCAAGAAGACGACCCGCUCCCAGAAGACCCUGGACAGCUCCCUCGUCGUUGUGAACAAUGGGGAACGAACAACCACAUCAACCCGACAGGCCCAGAUGGAUGAGAUGAUACCAGAGCGCCUUGGUGUAUCACCUGCAAUUCUUGAUGCUGUCAUUUUCUGUCACCAAGACGAGUCUCUCUGGCCGUUGAGUGAGCCAGCCGCCUUGAAGAAACGUUUCGAUGAAAUAUUCGAGGCUAUGAAAUAUACCAAAGCCAUCGAUAACCUCAAAGUGCUUCGAAAGAAGCAAGUUGAACAACUGGGCAAGCUUCAGAACGACGAGGCUCACAACAAGGUAAACAAGGAUCGGGGCGACCGUGCUGAGAAGAGGAUGAAGGCCUUGCAAGCUGAAAUCGAGGGGUCUCGUGAGACUUGCGAGUCCAUCAGUGCUGAGAUGGAAGAAACUCAAGAGAAAAUCAGGACCACCCGGGAAACAGCAAAUAGUCAUCUUGCGAUCGUGCAAAACCUCGACACAAAGCGCGAGCAGCUUGAGUACAGAGAAGAGGCGGUUAAAGAGCUAAAGUCCACUAUUGAGGAGCUCCAUGAUGACGACGGCAAAUUGGAAAGCGAUCUGGCACAUUACGAGGAUCGUAUGCAGCACCUCCAAGACGAUGCCGACCAAAACAAGGCUCAGUAUAAUGAGUUGCAGAAGGAAUUGGGACAAUCACGGAAGGAACUCUCUGCUAAGCUUUCCGAGCAAGGCAAGCAUCAGUCGGACAAAGACAAAUACGAACGCCAAUUAAAGAUACAAAAGGAGAUGAUCCAAGAAGCCGCUCAGUCUUAUGGUUUCUCGGGCUUUGACGGGGAUCUCCCCGACAGCCAAGUCAAGUCAUUUAAUGACCGCCUUCAGAAGCUCCUUGCUGAGAAGAAAAGGGAGUUGGAGCGCUUGCAGAAGGAGAACUCUUCCGAAUUAGAUCAGGCUACCGGUGUCAUCACCGAGCUGGAGGGCCGCAAAGCUGCCCGCACUCAAGAUCGCGUGUCAGCCAAACAACGAAUGAGCGCCAUUGAAAAGCGCACUGCGGUGCUGCAAAAUGAGUCGAGCCAGAUCGACGUUGACGAGGGUGCCAAAGCUGUACUCGAUGGGCAGAUGCAAGAUCUUGAUAGCAGGUUCAAAACAGCCCAGAAGACUUUUGAGAAUGCGGAUUGGGACCGGCAACUAUCAGAUGAAAACGAUAAGCUGCAUUCACUCGAGAGUGACAACGAUAGGCUUGGUAGAGAGCUCGUCGAGUGUACUCGUCUUGCGUCCGAAAGAGCCCAGCUUGACUACAGGAGGAAGGAACUUAACGACCGCAAGCGCAAACUUGACACCCUGACAAGUACUUGGAAGCCUAAGCUGGACAAGGUCCUUGGCAGUGAUUGGGAACCACAAACUUUGGAAUCCAAGUUUCAAGCGUUGGUUAAGAAUCAGAAUAAGGUUGUUUCUGAGGCCCAGAAGCGGCGCGAUCAGACCCGGCAGAAGCAACAAAAAGUAGAUUUCCGCUUGAGAACCACCAAAGAGUCCCGCGACAAGAAAGCCAAAGAGGCGGCUACUUGUCAACAACAAGUGGUCAAUGCCCUUCUCACGGUUCGUGACAACGCUAUCGUCGAUGAUUACAAGGAAGAAGUCGAGGCUGCUGAAUCGCAGGUCGAGGAAUUGCGCAAUGAUCUUAGUCUCUUCGACGCACUCGUGGAUUACUACACCAAAUGCAAGCGUCUGCUAGACACGAAGCGGAAAUGUUUGCUUUGUGAUCGUCACUUCGAUGAGAGUCAAGCUGCAGGCAUGGAACGGUUGAGCAAGAGGAUAGACAAGCAUCUUGACCCGAAGGGCAAGGUUGACACAGAAAAGGAUCUCAAAGAGAUGGUUUCGAGUCUCGAGAAGCUGCGAUCUGCGCGGGGUUCUUACGAUACAUACGAGCGAUUGACGGCUGAACUGCCUUCUCUCCGCGAAGAGUGCAAGACUACAGAGGCAGAAUUCGACGCCUUAGAGAGACAAGUUGAAGAGCAAGCGUCCAUCGUAUCGACUGAGGAGGAGAAACAAAAAGACCUUGAGGACAUGUCCAAGACUGUUGCCAACAUCACGCAAACCAUCAGAGACAUUGCCGAGUCGGAAACCCAGGUUGAUCGCAUCAUGUCUCAGCAGAUGUCAGGCGGGGCAACUCGAAGUCCUGACGAGAUCCAUGAGCUCCAGGCUAGCUUGUCUGAUCAGAUGAGGACUCUAAAGAACCGUAUCUCAAAGUUGACUACGGACCGCCAACGUACAAAAGAUCAACUCAACUCUCUCGAGCUAGAAAAGAGUGAGCUGAGAAACAAAAUCAGCCGUGCGGCUGGUCAACUAGACAAGAAGCAAGAUCUGCAAAACCAGAUCCAGGCACUGAAGGAAGAAGUAUCCCACCAACGAGAUGUCAUUCAGCGCGCCGACGAUGAGUUGGAGACAAUCGAACCCAGCAUUACAGAGGCAAGGUCUGCUCGUGAUGAAGUUCUUCGGCACGGUCGGGCUAAGGAACAGGUUAUUGUUGACGCUCGUGACAACGUCGCAAACUCAGUCAAUGAGAUGAAAAUGAUGGAUGCUGAUAUCCAGGGCUACAUCGAUCGUGGUGGUCCCUCUAACCUGGCAUCCAACCAGAGGGCCAUUGCCACACUCGAGAAGACAAUCGCGAGUACCGAGAAGGAGGUUACAGAUCUCACGGUCCGUACAAACAAGCUGAAGCAAGACAUUGACAACGGAGACCGUAAGAAGAAGAACAUCAAAGACAACCUCAACUAUCGCAAGAAUCUUCGUACUAUCGAUGUCAUCCGUCAAGAGAUCGCUGAACUAGAGGAGCGCAAUGCCGACGAGGACUACGAACGUCUUCAAGCUGAAGCCCGUAUGCAAGAGAAUCACUACAAUCGUCUUCUGGCAGAGCGUGGUUCCGUGAUGGGAACUAUGAAAACCAAGGACGAGGAACUUGGAAGAUUACUUCAAGAGUGGGAAAUGGAUUACAAGGACGCCAAGAAAAAGUACCGAGAGUCGCAUAUCCGUGUGGAAACGACCAAAGCCGCUAUUGAGGAUCUGGCCCAGUGUAGCUCGGCUGUUGACAAAGCUGUGAUGCAGUUCCACUCAAUGAAGAUGGCUGAGAUAAAUCGCAUCGCUGGCGAACUAUGGCAGAGUACCUACCAAGGAACCGACAUUGACACAAUUCUCAUCCGUUCGGAUAAUGAGUCAAACACAGGCAAACGCAACUACAACUAUCGACUCUGUAUGGUGAAGCAAGACACCGAGAUGGAUAUGCGUGGCCGAUGUUCUGCUGGACAAAAGGUGCUCGCAUCCAUCAUCAUUCGUUUAGCACUGGCUGAAUCAUUUGGUGUCAAUUGUGGUCUCAUUGCGCUGGACGAGCCUACAACCAAUCUGGAUCGCGACAACAUCAAGAGUCUAGCAGAAAGCUUGCACAUGAUCAUCAAAGCUCGUCAGGCCCAGAGUAACUUCCAGCUUAUUGUCAUCACUCACGACGAGGACUUUUUGCGACAUAUGAGGUGUAGCGAUUUCUGUGACAGUUUCUUCCGCGUCAGGCGUGACGAGCGACAGAAUAGUGUCAUUUCAAGGGAAAGUAUUACAAAGAUAUUCUAA